AUGCCGGCUAAUCUCUCCUUUGCAACGACUGGUAUGAUAUGAUCACACCUGCUUUCCUUGGGCUUGCUGACAACUACACCUGCUUUUCUGUAGGCUUACUGACGACUUCAUCCCCUUUCCCUGAUCACAACUAAUACCGGGCUGGUUUUCCCUUUGCGAUGGCCGGUAUGAUACGAUCACCCUUCCUUUUCCUUGGCUUGCUAAUGACUACACUUGCUUUCUACAGGCUUUCCCACGACUGCACCAGCUUCACGACUAUACCCGAUUCCCACGACUGUACGAGCUUUACACGACUAUACCCGAUUCCCACAACUGCACGAGCUUUACACGACUGCACGAACUUCACACGACUGCAUCCAAUUCCCCACAAUGACACCUGCGUUUCCCCAUGCUUGCUUGCUACCAAACAAGCUCAGCUGACAGUAUACCCUAUCCCAUCACUGAACUUUGAGCAACUGAGCACACUUUCGAGUCUCACUCACGCUCGAAGACAUAAUCACAGAAAGCAUCACUCACGUAGAACCCUGAUAAAAAUCCAAAAAAAAAAAAAAAAAACACCUUUCCCCAAAUGCAUUUCCUGAAAGUGAUGUCCCUAGAAUCAUAAUGUGAAAAUUAAAAAACUACGAGGCAGAUUAAAAAGCGAGGUAGAAACUGAAGUCAUCGUAAAAUCUUGGGAGGAUAAAACUUUUAUCAUCUGCUUUUACGUUAGAAUGCAUUGUGAUAGGAUAAUGUAACUUGAAAGAAAAACAACAAUUAUUUUCUGUUCUAAAAAUGAUUUUCUUUCCUUACUGUGCGGAGUUUCAUGG